UCGCAAAGUCAAGAAAUGGAAACGACAGAUCGGACCACUCUCGAGACGAGACCCGGUAUCUUGAUUAUUGGAUCCUCCAACGUCGGAAAACGCACUCUUAUCUCCCGAUUGCUUUCCAUUGAUCUUGAAGAUGAAUUUGAUUCUUCUUCGUCUGAACUAGUUGUUCAUGGGUGGACUAUCAACACCAAGUAUUAUACUGCUGAUGUUUCAGUAUGGAUGGCUCAUCUACACGAGGACUUUUCUAUUGGCUCUCUUCCCAUUUUCGACCAGUUGGCUGCAUUGGUCAUGGUUUUUGACCUCAAUGAUCUAUCAACUUUCGUCUCGCUUAAGGAUUGGGUGUCUCGUAUUGAUCUUCAGAAGUUUGAAAUACUGUUGUGCAUUGGGAACAAAGUGGAUCGUCUUCCAGGUCAUCCGGUUCAUGCUGAAUACAGAAGGCGGUUGCUGAAGCGUGGAGAGUCUUCUGCUGAUACUAGUCCAGAUUUCAGUCAAUAUGGAAUUUCUGAAACUGAAGGAAGUAGUUUGUUGGGGGAUGAAGAACCAUCAUGGGAGAUCAAGAGGUCGUGUUUGGAAUGGUGCACGGAGCUGAACAUUGAAUAUGUUGAAGCAUGUGCUUCUAAUGUUGAUUUUGACAAAUGUUUAUCAGUUGAUGGCGAUUCACAAGGAGUUGAGCGUCUCUAUGGUGCUCUUACUGCUCAUAUGUGGCCUGGAAUGAUUUUAAAAUCUGGUGAUAAGAUAUCUGAGCCAUCAUUACCUGAGAGAGAAGAGUUGUCUGAAGAAGAAUCUGAUUUUGAAUUCGACUAUGAAGUGCUAUCUGCGGGUUCAGCUGAGCCGUGGGGUGACACAGAUGAAGUGUGGGUUUCAGCCAAUGGAACUAGCGAAGCCUCGAACACUGGGAGAUCGGUUACUCUGAAUAAUUCUGUCACAGAACAAGACCAAGAGAAUGUAACUAAUCGUGAUAAUGCAGAGUUGCAACCCUCAACUUCAACGGGUGCAUUGGUGGAUGAGAUUGACAAUGAAGUGUUGCAAAAUGCAGGAGAUCCUGAUUUAGCCUUGGAAUUGGAUAAGGGCACACAUUUUGACUUUGAAGAUUUGGAACAGCUGAUGUCUGAGAUAGGGAACAUUCGUAACAACUUAAGGUUGAUGCCUGAUUUUCAAAGGAGGGAAAUGGCUGCAACGCUUGCAAUGAAAAUGGCUACUAUGUUUGGAGGCAGCAGUGAUGAAGAAGAGGGCCGCGAUUGAUCAAAUAUGCUAUUACUAUGUGUGAUAUCCCCAAGUCUCGCUGUUGGGCUUCUUAAAGAGCUAAUUUUGGGAAGAUAAGUAACUAUGACUUCAAUAUACAGAGUAAAAUAGACGUGCUUCCACUUGUGGGAAAUAUUUAAUGUCAUGUUUGUUAUCUGCUCCCUUUGUCAUGAGAGAUUAAUGCCAAUGACUGUUUGCAUUCAUUUUUUGCGGCACAAAUCUUUGGCCAAACUCGAAUUUCUGUUGACACUGAAAGUAGUAGGUUUGCUUAUAAUGUUAAUGGUUGGUAAGAGGAAAACUUGUUAAAUUUAUCGGAAAUUUUGAUUUAAUCCUGGAGGCAAGUGUAUAUGAAUAUUUUGAUAAUAGAUUCUGCCUAUAGUUC